UUCUCCUUGUAUUUAUCCUGCAUUACAUUUAUCCAUCUUCUUCUUUUUUCUCCAUUUUUUUCUUCCGAUCCAUCAAAUAACAGUUAAUAAUCAGGUACGGAAAUGAAAUUCUGGAAGAGUUUGAGUAUACUGAUAGAGGACACGCUACCUGAUUGGAGAGACAAAUUCUUAUCAUAUAAAGAUUUGAAGAAACAAUUGAAGCUUAUUUAUCCCAAAGACGGAGAUAAACCGUUGAAUAAACGGCGUAGAUUGGACCCAGAUCAUGGCGACGGAAAAUUGGACGGUGAGGAUGAGGUGGUGACGAAGGAAGUGAUUGAUUUUAUUAGAGUUUUGGAAGAUGAGAUGGAGAAGUUUAAUUCCUUUAUUGUUGAAAAAGAAGAAGAUUUUGUUAUCAAAUGGAAGGAGCUGCAAGACGGUGCGAAAAAGGCGAAGGAUUCGAAUGAAGAGCUGAUGAGAAUAGGGAGGGAGAUAGUUGAUUUUCAUGGAGAGAUGGUUUUGUUGGAGAAUUACAGUGCUCUUAAUUAUACAGGACUGGUGAAGAUAUUAAAGAAAUACGACAAGCUAAGUGGAGCUCUUGUCCGUUUGCCUUUCAUCGAAAAAGUUAUGCAGCAGCCUUUUUAUAAAACUCAUGUGCUUAACAAGCUCGUGAAGCAGUGUGAGGUGACGCUCGAUCAAAUCUUCUCGAAAAACGAAUUAUGUACCGCACAUGAAGCAACGGAGGAGGAGGAGGAGGUUGGAGGUAAGGAGAUGCCGCUUAAAGUUCCGAAAGAACUUGUGGAGAUUGAAAAUAUGGAGAGCAUGUACAUGAAGCUGACAUUAUCGGCAUUACGCGUACUAAAGGAGAUCCGGAGCGGAAGCUCCACGGUGAACAUGUUCUCGUUGCCCCCUUUGCAAAGUAAUAAUGCCGCGAAGGAGGAUUGGAAUACAGUUCCCGUCUUAGAACAAGCUGCCAAAUAGGAACAUGUUCUAUUCCAAACUUUACCUUUCUGUACAAAAGAAUUACCAUUGGAAGAAUGUUAGCAACUCUUUUUUUAGUCUUCUCCCUAAUAAUUGUGUAACCAUGUUAUCUGCUUUAGUUGUAACACAGUAUUAAAAUAAUCUGAGGCAUUACAAUUUUA